GUGGGGAGCGGCGGCGUGCUGUGCCUCAGUUUCCCGGCCCCGAAAGGCGGUCGGGGCCACGUGGGGAAGCGCUCGUUUCUGGCAUCCAGCGGGACGCUGUGUGGAAGGGACAGGUGAGGUUUCUGGAAUUCCCCCUCGGUCCUCGCAGGGUGCGGAGAAGGACCCGCACUCCCGAGACCUCACAGCGGGUUGCGGCCGCGCCCCUUCCCGAGGCCGUGACCUUGAGCGAGUCCCCUGCGCCGCUGGGCCCAUGUGCUCCCGCAGGUGAAGUAGUAUUAACGGUUCCUCGUCCGGGUUGAGGGCCCUGGAAAGCCUACGUGGGUGACGUGUGUCCCCCGGUGUCCCGCAGGGCUCUGGGGGCUCUUACCACGGAGAUGCCUCCUGAGCCUGUGUUGAUCGCGGAGGCGCGACCCGGCGGGAGUCCGACUCUUGUGCCUUGCCGGCCUCUAGCCUCUACCAGGCUGGGGCGGGGGUGGAGGAUGGGGACGCAGUUUCUGGAAUUGCCGCUGUGCUUGGGCGGAGAGGUGGAAGCCUCUCCUGGCUGAGAGCCAGGGCGGCCAAGGAGUUUCCGUUCACAGCACACGGAACCGGCUUUCCCUGACAGUAGGGGACCUGUUUUCUUAUCGAAGACACUCAAUUAGCUUUGACCAAGGAGUCCAUCCACACGGUCAGUGCCAAUCGUGUGCGGGCGUGGGAUGUCCCCUUGCACGCACGUGCACAGGGAGCUCCGGGGACGCGCUAGCAGUCGCCCCAAGCCCCCCCUUCAUGGCCUAGACCGUUGUCAGCACACGUCUUCCUCCCAUCCGCGGGGCGCCGCCCCUCACUUUUAUUUCAGACCCACCCUGUUGCCCCGUGCGAAGUUCACUAGCAUCUCUUCAGUCUUCUUGCUCCAUUGUUUUGUCUUUGGAAUCUUUAGGGCCCUCUGACAUGGUCUUGCAGAUUUUAGUUGCUUGUUCAGGAUCUGUUUCCAGCCCCGGAUCGGGAGCGCCUGUUGCUGCUCUGUGCCAAGACCUAGAACGGCCUGGGCUUGUAAAAGUUCUCAGAACUGCCUGGUGAAGUGGGAAUGAUUAUGGUAUCGAUGUGGAAACCAAGGCUUAGAGAAAUGAUGUGAUGUCCUCCCCACGGUCACAGCUGGCAAGUGUUGGAUUCAGUCUCUGGGAAUCUGGCUCCAGAACAAGGGACUUUUAGUCACACUUUACCUCAGUGGUAAAGCAGCUCUCUGCUGGGGGCGGGCACACGGGGAGGACCUCGGCUACGACUGCUGCGGUUCUCAUUGUUGGGAGUUAUCAUCAUGAUCCUUUUCCCCGUUCCUCUCAUGUCCAGAUCACUUACUGCCCCCACUGUCCUCAUAGGAACACCACCCUCUGUCGUCUCCAGCGGCUACCCCAGGGGAGGCCUUUCUCUGAGCCCUAAUUGCACUACGUACAAAGGCUGCCUCUACCUCCCCCUUGAGCCCAGCACGGAGCCCUGCCCUCAGGAGACCUGGGUCUCUCUGCACCUUCACCAGCAGCUGAGUAACAGGGUCUGACCCCAUCCAACAGCACCAGGCCAAGGCCACUACCUCUGUUUGACUUUCCAGGUUUUGGUUACCUUUAAGGACGUGGCUGUGACCUUCACCCAGGAAGAGUGGGGACAGCUGGAACUGGACCAGAGGGCCCUGUACCAGGAGGUGAUGCUGGAGACCUGUGGGCUUCUGGUCUCACUGGGGCACGAAGUCCCCGAAGCAGAGUUGACGCACCUGCUGGAACAUGGGCGGGAGCUGUGGACUGGAAAGGGAGGCCUCUUGUGGAGCACCUGCCCAGGUGACAGCACCAGACUUCAGACCAGAGACCCAAGCGCUUGUCAGCCGGUUUUGUCUGCGGGAGCCUGGCUCUGGGGAAGCCCGGCCCAGGGACCUUCAAGGGCCUCCAGGUUGGUGCAGGCCAGGGAUUGGGAAGGGCAUCUGGAAAUGCAGAAAGGUCGACUGACGCCUGGGAGGGACACUCACAAGACCCACCUUGAGAGAAUGAACCUUGAAGAUGACGGCUUGGGGACAGAGGACAGUCUGCACCUCCAGGUGUUGCAAAAGAGAGUCUCUCCGGGAGAGGUGCUCCGUGAGCGGGACCCACAGGGACCGGACAGAGGCUGCGCGCUUCGUGCAGGGAGUGACCUCUACAAAUGCAAGCAGUGUGGGAAAGGUUUUAACCGCAAGUGGUACCUCGCACGGCAUCAGCGGGUCCACACUGGCACAAAGCCCUACGAAUGCAACGCGUGCGGCAAAGCCUUCAGCCAGAGCUCGACCCUGAUCCGGCACUACCUCAUCCACACCGGGGAGAAACCAUACACGUGCCCGGAGUGCGGAAAGGCCUUCAAACGCAGGUCCUACCUCCUGCAGCACCGGCCGGUCCACACCGGGGAGAAGCCCUACGAGUGCGCCCAGUGUCGGAAGGCCUUCGCCCACCGCUCCACUUUCGUCCGGCACAGCCGCACCCACACGGGAGAGAAGCCCUUCGAGUGCAGGGCCUGCGAGCGGUCGUUCGGCAACCGAGCGCACCUGAUCCAGCACUACGUGGUGCACACGGGGCAGAAGCCGUACGAGUGCGCCGAGUGCGGCAAGGCCUUCCGCUGCGGCGCGGAGCUCCUGCAGCACCGGCGCGUGCACACCGGGGAGAGGCCUUUCGCGUGCGCCCAGUGCGGGAAGGCCUUCCACCGCAGCACCUACCUCCUGCAGCACUCGGUCGUCCACGCCGCGGAGGCGCCCCACCGCUGCCCCCAGUGCGGCAAGGCCUUCAAGCGCCGCUCACACCUGCUGCAGCACCGGCGGGUGCACCCCUGAGGGGGCCCCUCGCGCCCUCCCCCUGCGCCUCUGCCGGCCCGCCAGAGGGGUCCCCGGCGGGAAGCGCCGCUCGCCGUGCAGAACGGCGGGGAGAUUUGCUUGGCCCUCAGACGCGUGAGCGGCCCCACCGGGCAUGGGCCGCGUGCGGGCGGCCCCCCACCAUCGGACUCGAGCGGCGAACUGUGGGGGGCAGGGCACUCGGGCCGCCUCUGUCGGGGACGCACCGCGGAAGGAUGUUCCUGGCACAACCUAGGGGCCUCUAGCCAGAAGGGGCGCCUUCCCUGCCGUUGCAGAAUUCAGAACGAACGGGAGAUGUCAAUGUCGUUGCUGUGAGAAAACAAACCCAUGACACGUGGAGCGCUUACGGUCAGGUGGAGAGUCACGCAGAGCGGACACUGCGGGGGCCCUCCGGUGCCCGUGAAACGGCUGAGGGAGAGGACAGGGGGUACUGUGCACUUACACGGACGUCGGCCACAGGUCUGCCAUUUAGCCACCUCGGCAUUACUUUUAAAAGAAUAAAAAGAAGGGGUGGAAACAUAGACUUCAAAUGGAAGGAACGGAUGUCUUUACAAACUCUUUCACGUUUCCGUGCCGAACCUACUACAGUUUUUCGUAAGUUUUAAUGUUUUGGUGGGGGGUAUAUUUGAGAGGAAGGGUCUUAGCCCCCCCCCCCCCUUUUUUUUAAGUUUAUUUGUAUUUAUUUUUAGAGAGAGAGUGAGGGAGGGACGGAGAGAGAG